CGUAAUCCGUUCUGUGACUGUCGCAAAAGUUUGGUUUCCCCUUAGUAACGAACAACACAGAAGCCAUGGCGACGUUGGUGACCGAGGCCCGUGUGCUUGAGGGUCCCGGCACCUCCGGGGAUAGGCGCCCGGCUCAGGAGCUGAGUCAGGCAGUGAGCCGCCUGCUACCGGGCUUAGAAGCCGAGAGCAAGUUGAGCCGGCGCCGGGCCCUGGAGGGUCUUCAGCGUGAGCUCGAAGAAGGAGCUCCGCUGCCUCCCAGUGCCGACUUCCAGGAGCUCUUUGGCCGCUUGCUGCUGCCACGCCUGCUCCGCUGCCUGGGCGACCCAGCUGAGAAGUGCCGGGCCUUGGCGGUGCAGCUCCUACGUCUGGGCCUUAGCCACGGGGCCCGGCCCCAGGACACGCUGCCGCAACUCAUUCCCGCUCUCACGCAGCGCCUGGCCGGCCUAGGCUCCGGGCAGCUGGUGGAACCAUGUGAGGAGCUGCGCCUGGCGCUGGUGGAGCUGCUGAGCCUCGUGGUUCAGCUGUGCGGCCGCAGCCUGGCCCCGUACCUGGACGAGAUGGUGCGCAUCCUGCAGAAGACCAUCGUGGACCCCUUCCCCGACGUCAAGAGGGAGAGCUGCAAGCUCGCGGGGGAUUACGCGCAGAGCAUCCCAGAUCAUUUUCAUAUGCAGUCAGAGUCUUUAAUCGCUCCUCUCAUGCAAACAAUUUCUCACCAGCACUCCAAGGUCCGAGUGGCUGUGAUUCAGGCCACGGGAUUGGUGAUACAAUUUGGGAAUGCCAAGUCAGUGGACGAUGUUAUUUCUCAUUUUGCACAAAGGCUAUUUGAUGAUGUCUCCCAGGUUCGAUAUGCUGUGACAUCUGUUGUUGGAAACUGGCUGUUACAUUUAAGAGACAGAUAUUCAUUCUUUCAUAAGCUAAUUCCAUUAUUAUUAAGCAGCUUUGAUGAUGAAAUACCUGAAGUCACGGAGUUGGCUGUCAGCCUCUGGGAGAAGAUAGGCCUACAGUGGCAAAAAGAAAAUGAGGAUGAUCUGAAGGAUAAGCUUGAUUUUGCUUCUCCCCCACCAUCUCAUUACCCUAAAGGAGUGAUUCGUCCAGUAUUGGGAUGUCGGGAACUUAUUUUCAGAAACCUCUCCAAAAUUCUCCCUGCCAUCUGUAAUGAUAUAACAGAUUGGGUUGUAGGAAACAGAGUAAAAUCAGCUCAGCUUCUGGCUGUCUUAUUACUCCAUGCAGAAGAUCACAUUACCCAGCACUUAGAAGUGGUGCUCAGAACCCUUUACCAGGCUUGCUCAGAUGACGAAAAGUCUGUGGUUAGCAAUUGUAUAAAAUCAGCAGAAUUGGUUGGAACAUUUGUCAACCCUGAGGUGUUUCUGAAGUUAAUCUUCCCAGCACUGAAAAAAUCAAUUCGUCCAUCUUGUCUUAUGGUAUUGGCUGCAGUUACUAGAGGCUGUUCAAGACAAUCCCUUAAACCUCAUCUAAAUAACAUUGCCAGUUUCCUGUCACAGACACAGAUUUGUCAAGGAUCUGAAGAUAGCCAUUAUAUGGAGCAGUUGCUUUGUUGUGUACAAGCAUUAAUCCAGGUGGGUCAGGAAGAUUGCAAAGAAUCAAGUUUGCAGCUCAUGGAAGUUCUGGUGACAGUCAUGGCUGUCUCAGGUGCUGCAGGCCUUUCUGAAAAGGUUCAGGAGACAAUGAACUUAUUAGCUCAGAUGCAGAAAUAUGAUGGGACCCUGGAUCUUUAUCAGCAGCAUAUGGACCACCUCAUGGAAUGGCUCACUUUAUCACAUCAGGACUGGAACUGUCAUUCAGUGGAAUUACUACAGUUUGAAGUAAUUGUCAUUCAGUCAGGUCCUGUAUUAGGUAAAGCUCUUAAUUACUUCAUUCCUAUCAUUAAGACUUGUCUUCUACCAACCAAAGAUCCACAGAUGCGCCUAAAACUCUUCACAGUCUUUUCGCAAGUGCUUCUAAAAGCAAAAGAUACUGUGAAUGCACACCAGCAGUUUCAUGGCUACCUUGAGACAGUGAUAAAAGACAUAUUGGUUCCUAAUCUGGAGUGGCAUGCUGGAAGAACUGCAGGUGCUAUUCGCACUACAGCUGUAUCAUGCCUUUGGGCUCUUAUUCACAGUGAGAUACUUUCAUCAAAACAGAUAAUAGAAAUACAAGAAGUAUUGAUGCCUCAAAUUAUUAAUACACUGGAAGAAGAUUCUAAAAUGACUCGAUUAAUGUCAUGCCGUAUUAUUAACAUAUUUUUAAAGGCCUGUACUGACAUAAUUGAUCCAGAUAAAUUCAUCAAGAUUUAUCCAGAACUCUUGAAACGUCUGGAUGAUUCUUCAAAUGAAGUACGAAUUGCAGCUAUGAGUUCCUUAAUUAGCUUGCUUCAUUGUAUCAAAAAUGAUGAUGAGAAAUCCUAUUUAAAAAGCAAUAUGCAAUUUCUUUACAAAGAACUGUUGGUCCACCUUGAUGACCCAGAUAGUACCAUUCAGGAUGCAGUAUUAGGGGUUUUAAAGGAAGGAAGUAUUCUAUUCCCAAACAUACUCAUGGAAGAAAUUGAAGCUGUUAAAUACAAACACCGAUCUCUAGUUUAUUGUGAACAGCUUUUGCAACACAUCCAAUCAACUACAAGUGUCCUCUAAAUGCAAGAUUCUAGAAAUAGUGGAUUUAUUACAAUUUUUUUAAUUGUAUGCUAUUGUCAGAUUUCUGUCUUUUUUUUUUGGACAUUAGUUGAAAGUACUUAAUUCUAGAAGCAGAGCUAUUUUUUUAUUAUCAACCCAGAAAAAGCAAGAAAUUAUAGUGUUAAAAAAUGUUCUUUUUUUUUUUUGCACAACAGUAUUCUAGGAAUACACAUUCUCCUGUGAACUUCUUAAUAAUUUUUAAAAGCAAUAUUAAUGCAUAUUAAAUAGAUUCUGUACUCAGGUGUAAUUUAUACAGUUUAUUCACAGGACACUUAGUCUCUGGGUGAUUUUAAAUUAAAAUUAAAUGCAGUUGUCCACACUGACAGUAAAACCAACAUUAUUUUUAUCUUAAUAUGUAUUGGAUGCAUAUGUGAGUUAAUACUAUCAUACUGAUUAGAUUUAAAUGACCAGGAGUCAUUAUUAUUAAUUUUCUAUUCCAGUAAUUUAAUAAAGUAGAAAAACCAAGAUUUUUAACUAUUUCUUAGGUUCUGUGUGAUGUAACUAAUAGCUAAGGCCACACACUUUAGAAAAUACUUUUAUAUCAGAGAAUUGUCACAAGUAAAAUGUUCACCACUUUCAACGGAUUGUAAUUUAAUAUGCAAAUAGUCAUUCUUGAAGAAAAAAAUUAACAUUUAGAUUGACAGUGUUGAAGUCCAAAUAAUGGAUAAGAUAUAAUUUUAGUUGCUUUCUUAUAAAAUAAAUAAUAAAACAUAUCUUUUAUUUUUAAAUCUAUCAGAUGUUUCACAAUGAUUAUUUCUUAGCACUUUCUUUUCCAAAGUGCCUUAUAGACUUAAAUUUUCAAAUAUAUAUUGUCCCUAUAGGCCAACAUUUAUAUUGACCCAAGGAAAAGGUAAUACAUUUUUUCUAUUUUGCAGUAAUUUAUUAUACCAUUUAAAAUUUGGCAUUUUAUGUUUGAAAAUGUAAUUAAAGUUUUCCAUCUUAUACUAUUGGAUGAAUGUGUAUUUUUUUCUUAAUGCUUGGCAAACAUUUUUAAAAACAACUGUUUUUUCCAGUCUUCCUUUUUAAAGACUUAAAGGCAAAGAGCUAAAUCCCCAUUGAGUCCUCAUGUAGAUACAACUUUAAGGAUAAUAACUUACUGUUACAUAAUGCUUUAAGGUUUACAAAGCAUUUCACCUGGAUUGUUUUAUGUCAUCUUCACAACAAUCCUUUGAGUAAAGAGGCAUAUUCCUGUUUAAAGAUGAGCCCACUAAGGCUAAGCAUGGCCUGGUGACUUAAUCAGGUUUAUACAGCUAAGUUCCAAAGUAGAGCAUCAGAUCCAUGUCUCAUGAUGCCAAAGUUUCAUGUUCUGUCCACUACUUUCCAUGACAUCCACAUUCGUGUUGCCUUUGUUUACUAGACCAGACCUCAAUUUUUUGAUGUGAUUAACUCCAAAUCAUCUCAUUUCUGAUCAUCCCUAUUGAACUCUAAUUAAAAAACAGUAGUGGAGUAGCUAUGGCUCAGUGGAUAGAGAACCAGGCCUAAGGUUAGGAAGUCCUCAGUUCAAGUCUGGCCUCAGAUGCUUCCUAGCUGUGUGACCCUGGGAAAGUCACUUAAAGUCAUUGCCUACCCCUUAACAUUCUGCCUUGGAAGCAAUAGAUUCUAAAUCUUCUUUAAAAGGAAUCUUUUUCUUUAAUAACCAGAAACAUGAAAAUUAAACUAGUUUUAUCAGCUGAUAAAACUCACAAAGAUCACAAAACAUGGAAAAAUUCAGUGCUCCCAUUGCUAGGCAUCAACAGCUUAUUUAAUAGGGUAAUUCUGGAGUAGACUGUUGGCCAGCACAUAUUUACUCUAAUAAGUAGGCAGUCUGAUUGUAUUUAGAUAACUGAUGUGGAUAGCUCCCACAUCGAUAAAUAAUUUUUGGUGUUUGAGAAUAAUCAUUUUUUUUUUUGGUAAUGUGAUUUGAUGCUCACCAUGUUCAUUAUUUCUCAACUCUUUAAUUUACAUUUUUUUAUUCUAAACUUAAACACUUAAGAAAAAAAGCUUUUCAAAACAGAUAGAACAACUUCAUAUAUAUAUAAUUAUUACAAAAUAGACAAACAAAUGUACUACCACUUCUUUGGGUCCAUAUAAAUGUUGGCCUCUAAGGCAUCACAUUUCUUGCCUUCUCAGUGAGUGGGGGAGGAAUGGAGGUAGGCAGAGAGAUUUGGAACGGAAUAUUAAAAUUUUAAAAAAAUUUAAUAGCAGAAUAGUAAAUUUGCUGUGAAAUCAUGAAUCUUCAUUUCAUACAGCUUGCUUAAAAGAAAAAACCUUACAUAUUGCUUUCAAAAAUGCCCUGCUUACCUGUGCUUCCUUCUAAAUUUCCUUCUAUUUUCUUUUGUGCAUUUUAAAAAAAAUGUUAUAAUGACCUACUUUCUUUUUUAGAACACUCUGUAGAAUGCACUCUUCUUUAAAAUGCUUUUUUGAAAAUGUAUUAAAACAUUUAAAUAAAUGUAUUGGUACAUAUUUUGAAAAUUUCA